GAUCAGGGACGGGAGUCGUGCCGACGUCGGUCCAUCGAUCCGUCACUCCUCACCUCCCUCUUCCUCCCUCCCUCCUCCUCCUCCCCCUUUUGUUGAACCCGAACGCCCACCUUUCUCCAGGCCAGGUUUGGGUGGUGUAUUCUGCGCAUCCCCGCUGAAGUGUUUGUGUUUGUUUUUUCCUCCUCCUGCUCCUCCUGCUCCACUUGGUCUGGAAGCCGGGGCCAUGAGGCGGAUCUCCGGGCUGUGACUCCCGCCCGGACCGGAGGCUGCUGGUGGGGAUGGUGCCGCUGUGAAGAGCCCGCUGGUGCUGGUUUCUUCUUGCCGAAAGGGACAUGCCCGCGGUCGGGGGGACGGGGAGGAAGUGCCUGGACACCAUGAGUAUUUUCAACCAAGACAAUGUGGAGGAUUUUUACGAAAUCGGGGACGAGCUGGGGAGCGGCCAGUUUGCUGUGGUCAGAAGAUGCCGGCACAGGGGCACGGGCGCCGAGUACGCCGCCAAAUCCAUCAAGAAGCGCCGCAGCAAGUCGAGUCGGCGAGGCGUGACGAGGGACGACAUCGAGCGCGAGGUGAACAUCCUGAAGGAGAUCCAGCACCCGAACGUCAUCACGCUCCUCGAGGUGUUUGAGAACAAGGCGGAGGUGAUCCUGAUCCUGGAGCUCGUGGCCGGCGGCGAGCUCUUUGACUUCCUGGCCGAGAAGGAGUCCCUGAGCGAGGAGGAGGCCACCCAGUUCCUCAAGCAGAUCCUGGAGGGAGUCUUCUACCUGCACACCAAACAAAUCGCCCACUUUGACCUUAAGCCGGAAAACAUCAUGCUGCUGAACCGCUCGGUGCCUCAUCCGCGCAUCAAGCUCAUCGACUUCGGCCUGGCACACAAGAUCGACUUUGGCAACGAUUUUAAAAACAUAUUCGGAACUCCAGAAUUUGUAGCUCCAGAGGUAGUCAACUAUGAACCUCUGGGCCUGGAGGCAGACAUGUGGAGCGUCGGUGUGAUAACCUACAUCCUUCUGAGCGGCGCGUCCCCCUUCCUGGGGGACAACAAGCAGGAGACUCUGGCCAACGUGUCGGCCGUGGACUACGCGUUCGACGAGGAGUUCUUCAGCAGCACCAGCGCGUUGGCCAAAGACUUCAUCGCCAGGCUCCUUGUCAAAGACCCCAAGAAGAGAAUGACGAUUCAGGACAGCCUCCAGCACCCGUGGAUCAAGCCGAAGGACACUCAACAAGCGCUGAGCAGGAAGGAGUCAGCCGUCAACAUGGAGAAGUUCAAGAAGUUCGCAGCUCGGAGAAAAUGGAAACAAUCCGUCCGACUCAUCUCUCUGUGCAACCGCCUGUCCCGCUCCUUCCUGUCCAGGAGCAACAUCAGCGUGGCGCGCAGCGACGACACGCUGGACGAGGAAGACUCCUUCGUGAUGAAGGCCAUCAUCCACGCCAUAAACGACGACAACGUGCCCGGUCUGCAGCACCUGCUCGGCUCCUUGAACAGCUACGACGUUAACCAGCCCAACAAGCACGGGACUCCUCCCCUCCUGAUCGCGGCCGGCUGCGGCAACAUUCAGAUCAUCGAAGUGCUGAUGAGGAAAGGCGCCGAGAUCCAGGCCCUCGACAAGAGUGGAACGAACGCGAUCUACUACGCAGCGAGACACAGCCACGUGGAGACCCUGAAAUUCCUCCAUGAAACGAAAUGCCCUCUGGAUGUCCAAGAUAAGUCCGGGGAGACUGCGCUUCACGUGGCGGCCCGCUACGGCAACGUGGACGUGGUGAGCUACCUGUGCAGCAUCCGAGCUAACCCGGACCUGUCCGACAGGGAGCAGGAGACGCCGCUGCACUGCGCCGCGUGGCACGGGUAUUCGCCGGUGGCCCGAGCGCUCUGCCAGGCGGGCUGCCACGUGGACGCCAAGAACCGCGAGGGGGAGAGCGCGCUGCUGACGGCGUCCGCCCGGGGCUUCGUGGACAUCGUGGAGUGCCUGGUGGAGCACGGGGCCGACGUCGAGGCCACCGACAAGGACGGACACACGGCGCUGCACCUCGCCGUCCGGAGGUGUCAAGUCGACGUGGUUCGCUGCCUCCUCAGACACCGCUGCCACGUGGACCAUCAGGAUCGCCAUGGCAACACGCCGCUGCACAUCGCCUGCAAGGACGGAAACCUCCCCGUUGUCAUGGCGAUCUGCAGCGCCAAGGCCAACCUGGACCUGCCCAACAAGUACGGCAGGACCCCCCUCCACCUGGCGGCCAACAACGGGAGCCUGGAGGUGGUCCGUCACCUCUGCCUGGCCGGAGCCGACGUGGACGUCGUCACCAACGAUGGAAAGACGGCGGAGGAUUUGGCUCACGCCGAUCAACACGAGCUCAUCGUUUCUUUGUUGGGGAAGCUUAAAAAGGACAACCACAAGCUGAGCUUCAUCCAGCAGCUGCGUCACACUCAGACCGUCCAGCCCCGCAUCAAGCUGAAGCUGUUCGGACACUCGGGGGCCGGGAAGAGCAGCCUGCUGGAGUCCCUCAAGUGCGGCAUCCUGCGCGGCCUCUUCAGGAGGAAGAGGACGCGCCUGUCCAGCGGCAGCCGCCACCCAAACUCCCCCGUCAACUCCAAACCCGCCGUGUCGGCGAGCAUCUCCAACCUGUACCCGGGCUGCGAGAACGUGAGCGUGCGGAGCCGCAGCAUGAUGUUCGAGCCCAGUCUGACCAAAGGCGUCCUGGAGGUCUUCUCCCCCGUCAGCGGCGCCCUGUCCGCGGCCGACGACCAGGCCACCAAGGCCAUCGACAUCCAGCACGGCAGCAUCCACGGGGUCGGGGAGUUCAGCGUGUGGGAGUUUUCGGGGAACCCGGUCUACUACUGCUCCUACGACUACUUCGCCGCCAACGACGCCACGGCGAUCCACCUGGUGCUGUUCAGCCUGGAGGAGCCGUACGAGACGCAGCUGGGGCACAUCACCUACUGGCUGAACCUGCUGAAAGCCCUCCUGCUGCCGCAGGACGACAUCGCCUUCGGGGGGCGGGUCCAGCAGCCCCUCACGGUCGCCCUGGUGGCGACGCACGCCGACCUCGCCGACGUGCCCCGCGCCUUCUCCGGAGAGUUCACCUACGACAAGGAGAAGGCCCUGCUCAAGGAAGUCAGGAACAGGUUCGGCAGCGACCUGCAGAUCAGUGACAAACUAUUUGUGAUGGACGCCGGAGCCUCGAACUCCAGAGACAUGAAGCUGCUGAGGAGUCACCUUCAGGAGCUCCGUGCCAACAUCAUCUCUAGCUGCAGUCCCAUGACGCUGCUGUCGGAGCGUCUGCUGACGACGCUGCCGGCCUGGAGGAAGCUGAGCGGACCCAACCAGCUGACCUCGUGGCAGCAGUUUGUGAGCGACGUCCAGGAGCAGAUCAACCCUCUGGUCAGCCAGGACCACCUGCGCACCCUGGCCCUGCAGCUGCACAGCAUGGGGGAGAUCAACAUCAUGCAGAGCGAGACGGUGCAGGACGUCGUCCUGCUGGAGCCUCGCUGGCUCUGCAGCACCGUCCUGGGCAAGCUGCUCUCCGUGGAGACGCCCAAGGCCAUCCACCACUACAGGGGGCGCUACAGGCUGGAGGAGGUGCAGGCUCUGGCUCCCGAGAGCGACGUGGACGAGCUGCUGCAGAUCCUGGACGCCAUGGACGUCUGCGCCCGCGACGCCACCAACCCGUCCAUGGUGGACAUCCCCGCCCUCAUCAAGACCAACGGCCUCCACCGCUCCUGGACCGAGGAGGAGGAGGAGGAGGACUCGCUGCUCUACGGCGGCGUGCGCCUCGUCCCCGCCGAGCACCUCACCCCCUUCCCCUGCGGCCUGUUUCACAAGCUGCAGGUGAACCUGUGCCGCUGGAGCCACCAGCAGAAGCCGGAGGAGGAGGGCGGCGAGGAUUUCGACGGCGAGAUCCACCUGUGGACCAACGGCGCCAAGGUGAGCCAGGGAGGAGUGGAGGCCAUGAUCCUGCUGGUCAACCACGGCCAGGGGCUGGAGAUCCAGGUGCGCGGGCACGAGUCCGAGCGGGCCAAGUGCUACACCCUGCUGGACACCGCCUGCAGCAUCACGGAGAACCUGCUGGCCUCCACGCUGCCCGGGCUGCUCACCGCCAAAUACUACCUGAGCCCCCAGCAGCUGCGGGAGCACCACGGCCCCAUCAUGGUCUACCAGCCCAAAGACUUCUUCCGCGCGCGAGUCCAGCGCGAGUCUUCGCUCACCAACACCAUGGGCGGCUACCGCGAGAGCUUCAGCAGCAUCCUGUCCUUCGGCUGCGCCGAGGUCUACCAGCAGGGCACCCUGGGGACGGACGUCCACAUAUCGGACGUGCCGCUGUUGGCCCGCAGGAAGCUGUGCCGCAUGCUGGACCCCCCGGACGCGCUGGGCAAAGACUGGUGCCUGCUCGCCAUGAACCUCGGCCUCACCGACCUGGUGGCCACACACGGCAACGGGACCCCCAACGGCGGCCCCGAGCUGGACUGUGCGACGGCGGACCCCGGGCAGGCCGCGCCGCAGCCCAGCCCGACCGCGGCGCUGCUGCGGGCGUGGAGCGGGCGGGCGGACAGCACCGUGGGCGUUCUGAUGGCCAAGCUGAGGGAGCUCGGCCGACGGGACGCCGCCGACUUCCUGCUCAAAGCGUCGCCCGUGUUCAGGGUCAACAUGGAGGCGCUGGUCGCCGCCGCCGCCAACGGCUACCCCCCCCCCGCCGCCUGCUACGGCGGCACGUCGUACAACUCCAUCAGGCUCCGUCGUGUCCCGCCUGAAACCGACCGGUUGGAGGUCCGGGGGGGGGGGGGGGGGGGUUGCGGCGGGGGUUCAGGCGUCCUUCCCGUGCUCGGCGAGCUUCGCCCGACGUGAACGUUUGCGUCACAGCGAACACGAAGUGCAAUCGUCCAGCUGCUCGCUCCUUAAAGCUUUCCGUUCGGUUGCCGUGGGAACCAGAUGUUGUGUCCGUGUGCAGACGACCUUUCCCUCACAACUUUGAAUGCGGCGGAGGCGCCGAUCGUCCGGCGCUCCAAAGAUUCCGUUGUGCUGCUAGUUUAUAUUAUUUCCCGCCCACGUCUCCGGCACAUCGAAGUCUCACUCGUCCUCGCAGACACUUUAAAUGAAAGAACAAACAAAGAUGGAGGCCUUGUGCUUGGACCUCUUAUUAGAUAUCCAAAUGAUUUGCCGUGUUUCCUCACAGGUGCAUUUGAUACGAUCUCCCUCCUCGCUUCUGUUUCUCUGACGUUCGGCCGUUAAAGCUUCGUGUUUGAUAAACGAGCAGCAUCUCUCCCUGUGUGGCCUUCGACCUCCCUAAAGAGCACAAACCGUUUCAUUUACAAACGAAAACGCAGGUCUUUGCUGACAUUAGAAGAACUGUGCCUUGUGGACACUUCACGGGGAAUUAACUUCAAUCACGUCUUAAUCUGUAGAAAGGAAAACGAAGCUCUUCUUACGGUUCAAUUAGAUUUUGCUGGAUCAGAUUUCUACUGCUUUGCGUUCGGCGUCGGCGUCUCUGGGGACGUGAGACUCGGCGCGACGCAUCGCUGGACAAAGUAUUAGAAGUUUCUUUCUUAAUCCCAAACAGAGAUCUACUGUGGUGACACUUUAUUUUACGAUGUCAUGAGCGGCUCCUGGAAGGAACAAUGGUCUCUAAUGUGUUAAUUAUGGGUUGAUUGUAAACAAUCCCGUAUCAUCUGGAGCAUCUCUAGCAGGGAGAUGAUGUCGGUACUUUACAUGCUCUAAACUAGUAGAAUGUUUAUUAUAUAAUCAGUUUGUAGGUGAAGACAUCGUCCUUUCCAGGAGCUUUUUUAAAGACUUCACAGUAACAUAUCAGUUCCUUUAUGAUAACUAUUGGACCUUUCAAAAUAAAGUGUCACUAUAAAGGUUUUCACUCAUUUUCCUCUCCAGCUUCAGCCCCACCGACCCCUGACAGAGUUCACUUUUAACCUUUUCUACCGAGCUGAAGGGUCGCUCCCAUGAUGGGAAUCUGCUUAAAAGCCUCCUGCGCAGGUUUCCUGUGACGUCCUCGUUGGAGCUUCUCUCUGCGCCGCUUCACGUCUCCUUUCUCUUUUGUCUUCUUGUAUCACGCAGCUCGGAAAGGUGGCGUGAAGUAAGAAAUGAAAGCGGGGGCGGAGGGGGGGGGUCAGAGGUCGGGGUGGGGGGCAUAACAACGUCCUCUAGUGAAAGCUGCUGUUUUCUGAUGUUGACGUUUGGAUAAAAGAGUCGCGCUGCACGCGGUGGGACGCGGCCAGAACAAAGAGCCAGAGUGCAGUAUUUCCUGUGAGGGGAAACUUUAGAUACUAUUUCAAAUACUCCUCUCUUCUCCUCUUUGUGCGUACUCUGCGUUUCCUCGUCCUCGCUCUUCUGUUCGCGCCGUCGGCCCAAAUGAAAGAUGAAUGUACGGCACUGAGAAUAUAAAGAAUAUAAAUAAUAAAACUAAUCAAAGACGCAACGUUUUAUUUAAGUUUUGUUUUACCGAAGCUUUUGCCAAUACUGUGUGCCUCAAACACACUCGUUCAUUCCUCUUGUUGUUGUUGUUGUUGUUGCCUUGUACAGUAUACGAGCUGAGAAGAGAUGUUUCAGAAAGGGAAGUGAAUAUUACAUUUUUGUAAAAGCUGGGAAUCAUUAUAUUAUUAUUAUUAUUAUUAUCAUCUUUGUGUCUGUUCGGUGUCUUUUUCUUUCCCGGAUGGUUCUCACCAAAAAAACGAGUGGAUUUAAAAGUGUCCCUGAAGCACAUUUAUUUGAUCUUUGAUAUUUCUCCUCCGAUCGCCACAUUGCACACGUUGUCUUCUUUCUUUUGUCGCUAUUUAUGUUACGUCCUUUUAGCAUGUCCUGGAAUGCCAUGUUCUUAGUACUUCUGACACUUGGUAGUGUGAUACGUUUUAUAAUAAAUUCUUUUCCUAACGUCUGGUCUCUCUCAUAUUUGAAGAUGGUUACUUCAUUGAUUAUUGUUAAAUGAAAUGUUACAGGUCUUUGUAGACGUGGCGAAACAAUUAAAACAAAGUCAACAAAAAUGCAUUUCUCUCCCAAUAGUUCACUUUUUCCUCUGAUAUUUUCUUGUCUUCUUCCCAAUUACUGAAAUGAUUUGAAAAGUCAAAUGAAACAAAUAGAAAUUCAAUUUAAGCAACUGCUGACAAAUGUCUAAGUUCAAAGAUCCAACAUGUUGAGUAAAAGAUCAGAACACAGAUCAAUAGUUCGAUCACUUUCUCCGCCUUUUAUUCUCUGUACGAGGGACAAACAAAACAACAUCCUGUUUCUGUUGUCGUCCGGAUUAGAUUCUAAGUUCAUCGUCUGAUCUCUCAUCUGAUUUGUUUGUGAUUAGAUGAAUAUAUCAAAUAGACAUUGGAGCCGUUGGUGUUUUAUUUUUUAUUUCACUGUAAACGAGAGCCAAUGACGUUCCCCGUGCCAUUUAUGAUAUUUUAGAAUAUUUUUUUACAAAUGAAAAAUUAGUGUAAUUAUCUUUUAACAUGACAUUUUAUGCCACUGAAUUUUCUUUUCUUCCUUUUUUACACAUUAAAGAAAGAAAUACUCUGCCCCUUAAAUAAAAGAUUCUACCCUUAAUUUUUUCCUAUCUUGUUUUAUAAUUAUUUACAAAUUAUAUAUCGUUAUAUUUUUGUGGUGGAAACUAACGAGUUUGGUCUGAAAUGAUUGUGUUUACAAAAUCAAAGAAUAAAGAAAAGACAAAACACUUGA